UGACUUUUAAUACGAAUAUUUCUGCCUCUUAGUUGGCUGGUUUCGUUUAAGGUCAAUAUUUUAUUUUUAGUUUACAAAAUACUAUAAACAAUUGCGCUUUUUGGAUUAUUGUAUAUGGAAAUCGCAGGACUGAUACUUCACUCUAAUCAAACUAAUUAAGUAAAACAUGUCUUUAGUUGCAUAUGACAAUAGCGAUUCGAGUGAUUAUGAAGAUGACCAAGAAAGUUCGUCAAUCGUGGUGACUAAAUCAAUUGAAGGUAUACUUUUAGAUCCAGUUACAAAACCGUCAACCUCACAGAGCAUAAGUGAAAAAGAACUAGAAAAUGAAAGUGACAGUAGUUUGUUCAUUGCUCUUCCACAGCCCACGAAAAAAGUACCUAGUGUUAUUGAGGAGGAAGAUGAGUUUUUGCAUAAAAAGGAGACCACAAACAACACUGUAAAGCCUAAAUCAAAAAUAACUGUACCAUCAUUGAGUGAUUUUAAAGAUGUAACCAACACAGUUCCUAUUGCAAAACCCAGAGCAGUAAAUGGUAAAAAGUCUGGAUUACUAAGCAUUUUACCUCAACCUAAAAAUGGAAUAUCAAUCAAAUCAACAAAAUCUUUAAUACCAAAUGUCUUGAGACAGAAUACAGGAAGUAGUAGUAAGAAAAAACCUUUGCCGACAGUGAAAAAAGCUAAAUCAGAAACAAAUACCAUAAAAGAUUCAGAUGAAAGUGACAAUGAAGAUGUAUCUAAUGAUUUCUUUUCAAUAAACAAGCCAAUUCAUCUUGAAGAUGUACCCAUAGAUAAUGAAGAGAUAGAGAUAUCAAAAGAAAAAGUUACAAAAGAACCAAGAAGUAUAGAGUCAUAUUUCAAAAAAGAUGUGGAAAAUCCUGAUAACAUAGAACCAGAAUCUGCAUACAUUCAGAUGGAAACAGAAUCUGUAGCAAGCUUAGAUGCAACAAGCACACAGUCAGAUAUGGUUCUUGAUGAAGAAGCUAUAUUAAAACUUGUCGGUGCUAGAGGAAAGCGCAAGAGAGAAGAGAUUCAGAUAGUUGAUGUCAAUCAACAAGAGGUACUCGCGGAGGCACGGCAGUUGCUGCUCAAAGGUCUCAUGGAGGAUACUAGUAAAAGAGUAUCCGCAAGCAAAAAGAAAGGGAAUGAACCUACAAACAUGCAGAAAAGAAAACACCAGAUUACAUACUUGGCUCAUCAGGCCAAAGCAAAUGAAGUGGAGCUUCAAAACAAAUGGGCGAAUAACAGAAUGUCAAAGCGACAAACUCAAUCUAAAUAUGGAUUUUAAGUUUCUAAUUCUCAUAAGUAUUUUAAGUUGUAUAAACAGGUUUAAAAAUAAAACAUCAAAAAUUAAA